CUAAACAGCAGGCCGAUCAGUUAGAUAGAUGUCAGCGCUACAGAAAGGAUCUCUGGCUGCAGGAACCUGAACAAACUUGGACAAAAAAGACACCACUGUCUUCAAAGUUCUGGUUCAACACUGAAGGACAGAAGAGAUGAACUUCAACAGGACAUCAGAGGAAAACAGCUUUGAUAACAGCUACAACAUCAGCCAGAGCUUGAACACCACCCAUAGAAACCAUAGUGAUAACAGUGACUCUGAUAUAGUUGAACAAAUCGACACAUGGCUGGAUUGGAUCACUAUGGGCAUUGGACUUCCUUAUACUCUAAUAGUGAUAGUUGCAGUUUUUCUACAGGUGAAAAAGGAUCAGGGUGCCCCAGUCUACGUCAUCAACCUUCUCUUUUCUGAUCUCAUUCAGUUCUGUGGCAGAAUUACAUAUUAUGUACAUAGCCAAGGUAUCGGCAUUGGCAUCAUGGAUUUUGGUUUAAUAGCCAGUGCUGGAUUCAUGGUCUGUAUCUCCUUGGAAAGGUAUUUGGUCAUCGCCAAGCCACUGUGGUACAGAUUCAGGAGAAACAUCAAGACCUAUGUGGUGGUAUGUGCUGUGGUCUGGACUCUUCCUCUUCCAGUUCUGAUAUCUCCUUGGCUGAAUAAAGAUCCUACUGCUGAUUAUAUUAUUUGUCGAAUCAUCAUACCCAGUGUGCUCCUCCUGCCCUUUCCAUUCUUCAUCUUCUUCUUGGUUGGGACUAUUAAAGCUCUGUCUGGAGCCCUCAGUGUCCCAGCAGAAGAAAAAAGACGAAUCGUUGCCAUUCAGGUUGUGGUGCUGCUAAUUUACACUCUGCUUUUCCUGCCCACGAUUAGUUACUUCAUGUCAAAGGAAUACAAAGUCAUUCUUUAUCUUCUGUUUGUAGUUUGUCUUUAUCUCAGUCCCAUUGCAGACACAACUCUGUAUUUGUUGAGUAGGAAAAGCUUCCUGGAUAAGUUUCUGGCUUCACUCUGUUCUUGUAAAGCAUCAGACAAUCAGGAGAUGAGCAGCAAGGAUACUGAAAGCACGACUGCUCCACAUACUGAGACUGUUUAGGGUUUAAUUUCUGGAGCCUCCACAACAAUCUACUGUAGCUGAUUUUUGGGUUGAUUAGCAACUGUU